AACUUUUACACAAUUCUCGGUUCCCCUGAUAGAAAAGAGAGAGAAAAAGCGAAAAGGGUCUGUUCUUUUCCGUGUUUUUUGCGAGGGAGAGGAAAUUUUCACUUGAUUGUGAAGAUGAUGGCGAGGAUUCGGGUGAGGUUUGAGAGAGUGGCAGCGGCGUUCGACGCCGACAUUGCACGCCUGAGGCUGUGCGAGAGCAGCGGGAGCGAUCACUCGCCGGAGAGCUCGAACACUGAUUUGUCCGAUCUCGUGAAGUCGUUCAUGGAGAAGAAUGAAAUGGAAGGAAAAGAGGAGGUGCUUGGGGUUAAAGAUGACGGUGAAGAGGGCGAGGAUCUGUGUGAUGUUGAUAAAGACGAGUGGUCUGGUUCUGGUGAGAAGAAGGAAAAGCUGAAGAGUUUAUUUGAAGGAAUUGAAGUUGACGAAGAUGAUCGGAAUGUGAAAGAGAAGAUUAGAAGACAAAUUGAAGCUAUUUAUGGGUCUGUCGGAGACAAGUCGUCGCCGGGAUUCAAACGGAGAUUAAUGACUCGAUUGCGGGAGAAGGGCUUUGAUGCUGGGCUUUGCAAAUCCAAGUGGGACAGAACCUCGAGAUUCCCAGGAGGCGACUACGAGUACACAGACAUAAACAUGGGUGGAAAGCGUUUCAUAGUAGAAGUGAAUCUCGCUGGAGAAUUCGAGAUAGCUCGUCCGACGAACUACUAUUGCUCUCUGCUUCGUCAUUUUCCGGUGAUCUUCGUUGGAAAAUUAGAAGAGCUGAAGAAGAUUGUGAGGCUGAUGUGCACCGCCAUUAAAGCUUCCAUGAAGAGUGUAGACCUCUUCGUCCCUCCAUGGAGGAGACACGGCUACGUGCAGGCCAAGUGGUUCAGUUCUUACAGGCGGACAACCAACGAGGUUUCAACUAGGAAAGACGACGUUAUACCUCGGAACGAGGAUGUUUCUCCAAGAAGGUCCAUUAUUAAUGGAUUUGAAGCAAAGUUUGUAAAGGCAUAUAAUUGCAGGGAUGACUAUGGGAAGACAAAACCUGGUUUCAGAGUUGGACUUCUGGCUACUGCACUGAACUCAUGAUGAGUAUAACAGAUUAAUGGUGAAGUUGAAUGAAA